AUGGCGGAGAUUGCCGAGAGGGCCGUCGCGGGCGAGCUGCCGAAGGAGCCGCGGCCGCCGCAAGGUGAGGAGGAGGAGGAGGGGGACGUGUGCCGGAUUUGCCGCAACCGCGGCGAUGAGGACCACCCGCUACGCUACCCGUGCGCCUGCAGCGGCAGCAUCAAGUUCGUGCACCAGCACUGCCUCCUCCAGUGGCUCGACCAUAGCAACUCGCGCCAGUGCGAGGUUGAGCAGAUGCUUGAUGGUCUGGAUGACGCAGAUGGUGCAGAGGACGUUCCUUUUGAUGAACUUGUUGGUAUGCAAGGCCCUGUCUUCCACUUGGUUGAGAACGCAAUAACAUGCUGA